UCAGCCUGACUGUGCUGUUAUCUAGUAGACUGUCACAAAACAUUUGUGGGAUGAUGGACGCUGGUCACAGACAGUAACAUUACAACAACAGCAUAUUCUGUAUGUCUAGUGUCCUCAGGGACCAUCUGCGAUCAUUUGACCUGUCUAGAGUGACCAGUGUUUAGCCAAAUCAACGUGUCUCCGUGACCAGUCAUGGAAGUUGGCUGUUUCUUUAUCUGGGUCAGGAGGAUGAUGAGACAAUUCCGGUCGUUCUGGAACAUCAGAUACUUCCAGCAGUUCGGAUCUUUCGAGGCCUUUGUGUCUCUUGUCAACACACACUCGCUCGAGGAGCUUCAGGAGGUCACGUCUAUCAGCGUGGAGCUGUUCGCCCUGACCAAACUCUCUGGGCACACGUUAGAGAUCCCACUGAACAUUGGCCGGCUGACUCACCUGGUCAGCUUACAGAUGACCGGAUGUGGCUUGACCAGUAUCCCCUGGUCCUUUGUUUACCUGAAACACUUACAGAAUUUGGAUUUGUCUCAUAAUAAAUUUCAGCUUCUUCCAAAUUUUAUUGGAUGUUUAUACAGCUUAGAAAACGUGAAUCUUGAAUCCAAUCAUUUAAUAGUGUUGCCGACUUCACUGAUUCAGCUUAAAAAACUGAAAGUUUUAAACAUAACAAAUAAUGUCAAUUUGAUUGGUCCGCCUUACAAUAUAUGCAUGCAAGGACUUGAUGCCAUUAUGAGAAAUCUGGAGUUGCGGACAACUAGGAAAAAUUUGUGGAAAAAUUCUAAAGCUUUUUAUGACCCAUCAGAUUCUGCACUGUCUAGCAAAGGGGCUGAAAUUCCAUCCUUGGUUGUGUUAUCUGUUAAUGUAAUCAUCCAAUCAGAACAAGACUUUUUAAUCGUGUCUUAUGUUCCUCCUGGGCUAAAGAGCUACCUUCAAGAAAAAAUUGAAGAAAGUAGAACGUCACUACAGGUGGCAAAAUGUGGAACAUGUCUGACAUAUUUCUCGAGUGCUUUAACCUUUGAGGGGCAUGUCUGCAAAGUAUCUGAAGUGGACACGUGAUGAAGGCUAUUUAAAACGUUGCAUUCCAUUGGCCAAGCUAAAGGCUAUUUAAAACGUUUUAUUUCAUUGGUCAAACUAAAGGCUAUUUAAAACCUUGCAUUCCAUUGGCCAAACUAAAGGCUAUUUAAAACUUUUUAUUCCAUUGGUCAAACUAAAGGCUAUUUAAUACUUUUCAUACCAUUGGACUAACUAAAGGCUAUUUAAAACCUUGCAUUCCAUUGGUCAAGCUAAAGGCUAUUUAAAACUUUACAUUCCAUUGGUCAAACUAAAGGCUAUUUAAAACCUUGCAUUCCAUUGGUCAAGCUAAAGGCUAUUUAAAACUUUACAUUCCAUUGGUCAAACUAAAGGCUAUUUAAAAAGCUAGUACAUUGGUCAAAGUAUUGACAAUGUUGAGAUCACUUUGAUUACAUUAGAAAACCCUGAUGUAGAUCUACUCAUGUAGGUCUUUAGCAUGUAGAUAGGCCUACCAUGGAAAUAAAUUCCGUCUGUGUUAGAUUGAACCAGAGAGAAAAAAAUUUGAAACAUUUUAUUUUAUGCCUUAAGUACCUGAUUCGAGGGAAAACAGCAGUCUCUGGUAGA